UGACAGGUCAAAGUCCUUUGGAAGCUUAGUCAGCAUACCUAGGAUUAAUUAGUUGAUUGAUGUGUUUUCAAUCCUCCCCAGCUUUGGAUUCUAAGCCUUGUAUUGCAUUAGUAGUAAGGAAGAGUGUCAAUGGAUCCGUCUGUGGUCAUUGCUCUUGGCUUACUGCUCUGUAUGUCAUGUCUACUUCUCAUUUUAUCAUGGAAAAAGGGCUAUGGAAGAGGAAAGCUUCCACCUGGUCCUGUUCCUCUUCCCAUUAUUGGCAAUAUACUGCAGCUGGACCUUAAGAAUAUCCCAGAAUCUCUUUGCAUGCUAGCAAAAGAGUAUGGCCCAGUGUUCACUCUACAAUUGGGUUUUGAGCGUGUUGUGGUGUUACAUGGGUACCAGGCAGUGAAAGAAGCUCUCAUCGAUCAUGGGGACAAGUUUGCUGACAGAGCACUUAAACCACUUUUUGAAUUGGUGAGCAAAGGAUUAGGCAUUAUUGUAAGCAAUGGAGAGAGAUGGAAGCAAGUCCGGCGCUUCUCCCUCAUGACCCUGAGGAAUUUUGGGAUGGGGAAGAAGAGCAUUGAAGAACGAGUCCAAGAAGAGGCGAAAUACCUUGUGGAGGAGUUAAAAAAAACAAAAGGAUUACCAUGUGACCCCACAUUUAUCCUUGGGUGUGCUCCUUGCAAUGUAAUCUGCUCUAUUAUUUUCCAGAAACAUUUUGACUAUAAAGACCAGAAAUUUUUAUUUUUAAUGAAGCUCUUAAAUGAAAACGUCAAGAUCUUAAGUUCCCCAUGGAUUCAGGUCUACAAUUCUUUUCCAUCUCUAGUACAUUAUCUCCCUGGAUCUCAUCACAAAGCAAUUAAAAAUAUUAAUUUAGUAUAUGAAUUUAUUUUGGAAGAAGUGAAGGAACACCAAAGUACACUGGACUCCAGUAAUCCUCGGGACUUCAUUGAUUGUUUCCUGAUGAAAAUGGAGCAGGUACAGUGUGAACAGCAGGAAAAGCAACAACCACAGUCUGAAUUUACCAUUGAAAACUUGGUCCACACGGCAAGUGAUCUAUUUGCUGCAGGAACAGAGACAACAAGCACCACCCUGAGAUAUGGACUCCUGCUUCUCCUGAAACACCCUGAGAUAACAGGAAAAGUGCAUGAAGAAAUUGAUCGUGUGAUUGGCCAAAAUCGAAGUCCCUGCAUGGAGGACAGAAGCAAGAUGCCUUACACCAAUGCUGUGAUAUAUGAGAUCCAGCGUUACAUUGACCUGGUUCCCACCAACCUGCCCCAUGCAGUAUCAGAAGAUGUUCAAUUUAGAGAAUAUAUUAUCCCGAAGGGUACCACUAUAAUACCAGUACUAUCUUCUGUUCUCUAUGAUGAUGAAGAGUUCCCCAAUCCGGACAAGUUUGACCCAAGACACUUCCUGGAUGAAAGUGGCAAGUUUAAAAAGAGUGACUAUUUUAUGCCUUUUUCAGCAGGAAAACGCAUAUGUGCUGGUGAGAGCCUGGCUCGGAUGGAAUUAUUUCUGUUUUUUACUACUAUCUUACAGAAUUUUUCCUUGAAAUCUAUCAUUGACCCAAAAGAUAUUAAUACCUCCCCAAUUUACAGUGGAUUUACCAAAAUACCCCCUUCCUAUGAGCUCUGCUUUCUACCUUACAAAAAUAUGUGAAGUACCUCCCCUGUUUUCAAAUGCUGUAGAGGCUCUUCAUGUGCUAUGAACCAGCUGUAUUCAUUCCAUUGCCUGGCAAUGAAAGCCCUCUAUGAUUUCAGCUCAAUAUGCCCUUUUUGCUUAAUCUAAUACUCCCAAUUUCUGCCAACAUUCCCCAGAAAUUGCCUGUUCCUGGAAUAUUUCUUCUCUUCUCUUCAACUCCAUUGACUCGAAUCCUACCCAUCCUUCAAAUCACAGUUCAGAUGUCAAAUCCCUGUGACCUCUUUAGUACUUAAAGUCUGUACUGCACAAUUUAAGCCUGAAUUAUAUUCCCAUCUUAUGUUGUGUAUUCUUUCAGUAAUGUUAGUUGAUCUUGUCUUGUACUCCUCACUAGAUCUUAAGCUUCUUAUUAGUAGGGCCUUUAUCCUAUGCUUGUAUGCAAUUAUCCACCACCAAUGGGUUAAAAGCCUUUUCCUACUCCUUAAAUGUCUCAGGCCAUACACUUCAAUGCAUGCAUACAUCCUGCUGUGAUGACAACUUAACCACUCACAAUGUGAUACCAGUGAGGUGGUGCAUAGUGUAUGACCUGGAGAAAGGAAGACCUAGUUAAAAUCUAGCCUUGGACACUUCCUGGAGCUAUGACCCUGAGCAAGUCACUUUAGGUCUGUUUCCUUCAGUUUCCUUAUCUGUAAAAUGGGGAUAAUCAUAGCAUUUCUCUCCCAGAUUUGUCAUGAAGACCAAAGGAGUAGAUAAUUGUCAAGCAUUUAGCAAAGUAUCUGGCACAUAGUAAGUGGUAUUUAAAUAUUAUCUGCAAGUAUUAUUAUUAUUACAACAAUGAAAACAACUACUGCUCCUUUUCUUCCUCCUCCUACUACCUCUACUACUACAUAUUUCACCUGCCUACUUCAAUUACAAAAUAUGUACUUUAAUUUUUUUAUGUUUAAAUGUCAAAAUGUAUUUUUUCACAACUUUUGAGAAGUUGAUUCCAUUCCUUCAAAAAAGUCUAGAAUAUGGACAAAAUGCCAAGAAAAAUUAGACAGUAGCUUAUGCCAAAAACAAAAAUAUACAUCUGAUGUAUACAAACUUUAAAAAGCAAUAUUGCAGGCAGUAUGAAUAUAAAUUACAUUUAAAAUAUUUUUAAAUGACAUAGCUACAAACUUAAAUUAUGGUAAAAUAAUAAUCACAUCUUUAAUGAAAUAUAUUUACAUAUUCAGUCAGUGUCUUAGUUCCACAAGUUAGAAAAGGAGAUGAAUUUAAAGAUACCCUUGCUUAUAAUACAAGUUAAAAUAUUUGAACGGCCAUGUGAUUUUUAAAAAUACAGCAAGAACUUACAUCACUAUUUGCAUCUUAAUCUUCCUAUGGUGUUAAGGAAGUGCAUUACCAUUGUUACAAGUAAAAAAAAAAACCUACCAAGGAAACUAGACAGCAAUUUAGCUGCUGAAAUUAUACUAGAUUCCCUAGCAAAAUGAAGAAAUGCGCCUCAGUUUGGAGGCAUUUUGCUCCCUUAGCCUUUAGUUCAUAUUUAACAAAGUACGGAAAAGAAAGGCUAACAUGCAGGGUGUCCCAAAGUCCUUGGUGGUGUUUUAAAGCUAUUAAAGCAGCACCAAGACUUUUGGGACACCCUGCAGACUCAUAGCUGCAGUUAUAACUCACAACUCACCUAGCUUUACUUCUCAGAGCACUUUCCAUAAUCACACAUAAAACAAGGCAAAAGAAAAUUAAAUAAAAUCUGUCAUUAAUACAGGAAAAAAUUCUUCAAAGUACCCAUAUUCCUUCUUUUUAGGAACUCCCACAUUAUUCAUUCACAGAGAAUUUAGUACUUUGUGCAAGUUUUUUUUUUAUUUUAAUGUUAUUCCAAACUCAUCCAAUGUAGACUUAAAAAAAUAACUUACCUAGAAAUUGAAAAUGCAAUCUAAAGUAAAUACCCCCUUUGUAGCAGUAACUCUCUUUUAAGUGGAACACUUAAGCUAUAUCCUCAAUUUUGUAUCUGAUCAUUUGCAAUUAAAAAAAUUUCCAAUUCCACUCUUUCAGGCCUCACAACAAUCCUGUUUAGUGAUAAUACCACUAACAUGCUAUUAUAUCAAUUUGAUAGAAAUGAACAUUAGUGCUCUGUUAGUGCUAGUAUAGAAUGAUGUAAAUUCAAACAAGUUAUAAAAAUAAAGUUUAACAAAACUUUCA